AAAGUUCAGUUUUACUUGGCUUAUCGUACGGGUUACAGAUGAGCUGGCAAUAGAAACACCAUACAAAAUUCUAAGUAAUACAAAAAAAUUGUGGAAAAGCUACGCGUGACUUAAAUUUUGUGUGUGAGACCUUAUUAAUUAAUUGUAAAAAAUAUACGUCGUUAGGCAAAAUUCUCAGUGUUCCUUGAAUUGAUAUUGAAGAAUGCCGUCAUAUAAAGAUAUGUUUUUGGUGCGCGCCGGACUGCGGUUGAUGGCCAAGAAAAAUCUUGGGAAGACUGAGGCUGUGGCGUAUCGCGGGUAUGCUACCUCUUGCAAGAAACCCAAGGGUGUGGUUGUCGGAGUUUACGAGAAAGAUGGCGACAAACCACCAAAGACCACAGCAAAUGCCGUGAGCUUGGACGAUGCUUUGGGUGGCAAACUGUUGACCCUGAUCCGUGAACGUGGAAUGGAUGGUACGGCUGGUAAGGGGCUGCUCUUCAGCGGCUUUGAGGGAGAUUACCAGGCGGUGGCCGUCGUUGGAGUUGGCAAACAGGGAGCUUCCUAUAAUGAGAAUGAGGAAUUGGACGAGGGCAUGGAGAAUGUCCGAGUGGCGGCCGGCACUGGAGCUAGAGCCCUGCAGCUGCAGGGAAUGUACGAGGUUCAUGUAGACGCCAUGGACUAUCCGGAACAGGCGGCCGAGGGUGCCGCUUUGGCUGUAUGGCGGUACAAUGCCAACAAGAGGAAGAAGAACCGCAUACAGACCCCCAAACUGGACAUGUAUGGCAAGGGCGAUAGGGAUGCCUGGGUGCGAGGUUUAUUCAAGGCCGAAUCCCAGAAUCUGGCCAGACGUUUGUCCGAUACUCCAGCCAACAUGAUGACGCCCUCGAUUUUCGCCCAGGCCGCCGUGGAUGCUCUGUGCCCUUGCGGAGUCUCUGUGGAGGUCCGCUCCAUGGACUGGAUUGAGGAUAUGAACCUAAACUCCUUCCUGAUGAUCGCCAAGGGAUCCUGUGAACCACCUCUUCUCCUGGAGUGCAGCUACUGCGGAACUUCUCCCGAAGAUCGUCCCAUCUUGCUGCUUGGUCAAGGCUUGACUUUCCACAGUGGCGGUCUGUGCCUGAAGCCCAAGAAGGGAAUGGAUCGCUACCGUGGCGCCAUGGCCGGUGCUGCCGUGUGCGUGGGAGUCCUCCGUGCCGCCGCUGCACUUUCGCUGCCCAUGAAUAUUACGGCCGUAAUGCCGUUGUGCGAACACAUGCCUUCUGGUAUGGCGGUGAAGUGCGGUGAUGUGGUGACCCUGCUCAAUGGUACCACCAUGGGCAUCAAGAACGUGGACAAGGCUCCGGUGGUACAACUGGCUGAUCCCCUGCUCUAUGCCCAGGCCACUUUCAAGCCCAAACUGGUCAUCGAUAUUGGAACAGUGGCCAUGGGUGUCAAUUAUGCCGUUGGUGGCGGAGCCAGUGGCUUGUGGACCACCUCGAAGUCGGUGUGGCAGAACUUCCGGAAGUCUGGAGGACUAACUGGCGAUCGUAUCUGGCGUUUCCCAUUGUUCAAAUACUACAAGCAGAUUGUCAACAAGAACAUUACCUAUGACCUUUGCAAUACUGGAAGGGGUCCUGCCAGUUCCUGCUUGGCUGCCGCCAUCCUGCACUCCCUGGUUCCCUGUGUGGAUUGGGCCCAUCUGGACAUCCGUGGCACUGGCAUGCUAACCAAGAUCAAUCCCAGGCCCUACCUUCUCAAGGACUCGAUGACUGGUCGUCCGACGCGCACUGUUAUCCAGUUCAUGUACCAGAUGGCCUGCUCCGGCCAGUAGAAUUCCUUUUGCCCUGUUGACACCUUGUUUGUGAGCCUACGUCCUGGGCCAAGAAUUUGAUAUUUCUUUAUUUGGUACAGUGUUUGCACUUGAUUUGAAUCUCUGGCCUGGAGAGUAUUGAACGUAAAUGUGCGCUUUAAUAUCAUUAACAAUAAAUUGUCAAAAUACAAAA